GUUCAGUCUCUACCUUGCGGUUCACGCCAAACGUCUCUCUGUUGUUUGUUUCCCUGAUUUCCCUUGUGUGUCUGAUGCCAAAGACGAAGCCUUUUCUUCUGUGUUCCAGCGACAUAGAUGCUCUGCUUUUUUCUGCAUUUAUUUAAUUAAAGUCGAUAUCUUGUCCUAUAUUGUUUGUGGGUUGGUGUUGGCUUGGGGAACAAUGGAGGUGGGUUGGUUUAUGGAGGAGAGGAAGAAGAGGAGGAUGGAGCUUUAUGGGUUUUUGGGAAUCCUGGUUUUCGCUCUUCUUUGUCCCGUCGCCACUUCGCUCGACGACGAAGGGAAGGCUUUGAUGUCGAUUAAGGCAUCGUUUAGCAACGUGGCUAAUGUGCUGCUCGACUGGGAUGACCUGCACAAUUCUGAUUUCUGUUCUUGGCGUGGCGUUUUUUGUGAUAAUGCCACCUUCUCUGUUAUCUCCCUGAACUUGUCAAAUUUGAAUCUGGGAGGGGAGAUUUCUCCGGCUGUGGGUGAUCUGAGGAACCUUCAGUCCGUAGACUUGGAGGGGAACAAAUUGACAGGGCAAAUCCCAGAUGAGAUUGGGAACUGUGUCUCUGUUGUUUAUCUGGAUCUAUCCGAUAAUCUGCUGUAUGGUGAUAUACCCUUCUCCUUAUCUAAGCUCAAACAGCUUGAAUUUUUGAAUUUGAAGAACAAUCAGCUGACAGGCCCUAUUCCUUCGACCUUAACCCAGAUUCCUAAUUUGAAAACCCUUGAUCUUGCAAGGAACCAACUUACCGGGGAGAUACCGAGGCUAAUUUAUUGGAAUGAAAUCUUGCAGUACCUUGGCUUGCGUGGCAACAUGUUGACAGGAACGCUGUCACCUGAUAUGUGUCAAUUAACAGGCUUGUGGUAUUUUGAUGUUAGAGGCAACAACUUAACUGGUACAAUUCCAGACAGCAUUGGCAACUGUACUAGCUUUGAGAUCCUGGAUAUAUCUUAUAAUCAGAUUACUGGAGAGAUACCGUACAACAUUGGCUUCCUGCAAGUUGCAACCCUGUCACUUCAAGGUAAUAGGCUCACAGGGAAAAUUCCGGAUGUGAUUGGUUUAAUGCAGGCUUUAGCUGUAUUGGAUUUGAGUGAGAAUGAGCUAGUUGGACCAAUUCCACCAAUACUUGGCAAUUUGUCAUACACUGGGAAAUUAUACCUUCAUGGUAACAAGCUUAAUGGAACGAUUCCACCUGAACUUGGCAACAUGUCAAAACUUAGCUACCUGCAAUUGAAUGACAACCAACUAGUUGGUACGAUACCUGCUGAGCUUGGGAAGUUGGAGCAGUUGUUUGAAUUGAAUCUCGCAAACAAUUAUCUGGAAGGACCCAUUCCGCACAACAUUAGCUCCUGCACAGCAUUGAAUCAAUUCAAUGUGCAUGGUAAUCAUCUAACUGGAUCUAUUCCCUCGGGUUUCCGGAACUUGGAGAGCUUGACUUAUCUGAAUCUUUCUGGGAACAAUUUCAAAGGCAGGAUACCAGUUGAACUGGGUCAUAUUAUCAAUCUAGAUACCUUGGAUCUAUCUGGCAACAAGUUCUAUGGGCCUGUUCCAGCUACCAUUGGUGAUUUGGAGCACCUUCUUACCCUGAAUUUGAGCAAAAAUCAACUUAAUGGUCGGUUGCCUUCGGAGUUUGGGAAUCUUAGAAGUAUCCAAAUUAUGGACCUCUCAUUCAACUGUCUUUCUGAUACCAUACCUGCAGAAUUGGGUCAAUUGCAGAAUAUUGUGUCCUUAAUACUAAACAACAACAAGCUGCAAGGUGAAAUCCCGGAUCAGCUCACAAAUUGUUUCAGCCUUACUAAUCUGAAUGUUUCAUACAACAACUUAUCAGGCAUCAUACCUCCUAUUAGAAACUUCACAACAUUUUCACCAGACAGCUACAUUGGAAAUCCAUUACUGUGUGGCAAUUGGUUGGGAUCAAUUUGUGGCCCUUCUGUGUCAAAGUCCAGAGUGUUCUCCAGAGCUGCUGUUGUUUGCUUGACACUGGGCUUCGUAACAUUGUUAGCCAUGGUGAUUUUGGCCAUUUACAAAUCCAUCCAACAGAAGCAGGUGAAGGGUCACUUGGAAACAGUGCAAGGUCCACCCAAGCUUGUGAUCCUUCACAUGGAUAUGGCUAUUCAUACUUUCGAUGAUAUUAUGAGAUUCACCGAGAAUCUGAGUGAUAAGUAUAUCAUAGGAUAUGGUGCUUCCAGCACAGUUUACAAAUGUGUGUUAAAAAAUUCCCGACCCAUUGCAAUUAAGCGACUUUACAAUCAGUAUCCUCACAACUUGAGGGAGUUUGAGACUGAGCUUGAAACCAUCGGUAGCAUCCGACAUAGAAAUAUUGUUAGCUUGCAUGGUUACUCCUUAUCUCCAUUUGGCAACCUCCUCUUCUAUGACUAUAUGGAGAAUGGCUCUCUGUGGGAUCUUCUGCAUGCUCAUGCAAUAGGACCAUCAAAGAAGGUUAAAGUUGACUGGGAAACACGGUUGAAAAUAGCUGUUGGAGCUGCCCAAGGGCUUGCCUAUCUUCACCAUGACUGCAAUCCUCGAAUUAUUCACAGGGAUAUAAAGUCAUCAAAUAUUCUGGUGGAUGAGAAUUUUGAGGCACAUCUCUCUGAUUUUGGGAUUGCCAAAUGUAUUUCGAGUGGAAGAACACAUGCAUCCACUUUUGUUCUAGGAACAAUUGGUUACAUUGACCCAGAGUAUGCUCACACCUCUCGACUUACAGAGAAAUCAGAUGUCUAUAGCUUUGGGAUUGUCCUUCUAGAGAUUCUGACUGGGAAGAAGGCUGUGGACAAUGAAUCUAACUUGCACCAACUGAUACUGUCAAAGGCUGAUGAUAAUACUGUCAUGGAGGCUGUUGAUCCAGAAGUCUCCGUUACAUGCGUGGAUUUGGCUCAUGUCAGGAAGACCUUCCAGCUUGCUCUGCUGUGCACAAAACGCCACCCUUCAGAGCGGCCAACCAUGCAUGAGGUUGCCCGGGUUUUACUCUCCCUCCUUCCUGCUCCUCCAACAAAGCCUCGCUCGGGUCCACCAAAGCCCAUUGACUAUGCACAGUUUGUUAUCGACAAAGGACAGCAGCAAUCACAAUUACAACAGCAACAGCCUGAAUUUCUGCAGCAUACCAAUUCAUCAGAUGCUCAGUGGCAUGUCAGGUUUCGUGAAGUCAUAUCUAAGAACACCCUUUGAAUCUGCGCUCGACCCCAAAAUGAAACUUUGUUCUUUUUUGGUUCACAAUGGGUUCACAAUGUGGCAUUUUUCUCAGAUUUGGAAGGUAUGAGCAAUUCAGAGCUCUGCGUUUGCCCUCCUUUUUGUCUGUUCCAAGGCGGUGGCAAGGCGGACUAACCUACGCAUUAUGUACUAGGGAAUGUAAGAUUAGAUCCUCAAGCUCUUUUGAAAGCCCUUAUGCAAAAGAUAUCCCAAAAUCAUUCUUAGGCAAACUUGUACGUAAUGAUAUGCUUUUAUAUUAAACGUAUUCUUCUGAAUUUAGCAUAUUGGUAGGGAGCUAUUUAUACCAUGUCUGUUGACUGGUCUCUGAUAAAAUCUCAACCAGUACUAAACAUGGAAUGGAUUACACAGAAAUUGGUUUAAAGAGGAUAAACCGAGAAAGAACUCCUUAGAAAUGUAUUUUUCUUCUCCUCUAUGGACUGCACCAAAAAGGUGGAGUUUGGUUCGGGCAGUGAAAUUAUUUAAAUUAUUUUAAUGAAACUCCCUUCUCAUA